ACAAUUGUAAUGGUUGCGUGAUGCAUAUAAACUGAAACUUCUUAUGUAAUUGUGUAAUUAUAAUUUAAUUAAUUAAUUAAUUGACAUUUUUACUAAAUAUUGUUACAUUUUCGUGUGUUAAAAAUGAGCAUGAAAGGCUGGAUGAUAUAAUCUUCUUCUUCUUCUUCAUCUUCUUCUUCUUCGCAAACCCUAGCCCUUUGUCUCUCUGUAUAACAAACGCUACGGCUACGCUACGAUGCGGGCUUUCUCUCUCUUGCAUUUCCAUUCUCGUGUUCUCCACUCCAAAGUCUCCGGAUUCUUCUUUUGUUUGUUUUCCUCUACAGCUUCUCCUGCUCCUGCCCAUUCUUCAAGAAACCCAUUGAUCUUCAACUACCUAACCCGGACAUUCACGUGCUCGGAAAAACAAGCCCUAUGGGUCUCAAAUGAUCAUCCAUCGCUGAAAACCCUAGAUAAGCCUCAAUCCGUAGUUCAAUUUCUCGAAGAAAUCGGUUUCUCCAAGAGCCAAAUCCAAUACACCGUCCGGGUAUCGCCUGGAAUCUUGUUCUGCAGCAUAGAGAAGAAUCUGAAGCCGAAGCUGAACUUAUUUCAAGAACUGGGCCUCACCGGUGAUCGUCUGGGUGAGUUCAUUUCCAAGAAUCCUAGUUUUUUGAAUUGCAGCUUAGAGAACACAUUGAUGCCACAAAUUGAUUUAAUCAGGAAAGUUCUUGUGGAUGAUAAGGACAAUCAAGAUUUGAUUUGGGUUUUGAGGAGGGUGAGUCGGUUCAGAGCCAAAGUCCCCGAACCGAUGUUGCUCCGCAACAUUGCCUUCUUGAAGAGCUGUAAUAUUGUUGGGCCUCGGCUUGUAACGAUGUUCAAGACGAGACCUUGGGUUUUACUUAUGCCCGAGUCUGCGCUUAGGGACUUGGUUUCCCGAGUUUUGAAUAUGGGCUUUUCGGUUGAUUCAGGGAUGUUGGUUUACGCUUUGCAGACAGUUAGUAGCAUGAGUGCUGAGACUUUUAAUAGGAAAUUGGAUUUGCUUAAACGUUUCGGAUUCUCAGACAAUGAGUGUAUUGAAAUGUUUAGGAGGUUUCCAUCUGUGCUAAAGGCUUCUGAAGCGAAGCUCAAGUUUGGGAUUGAGUUCUUCUUGAAUGAUGCUAAGGUUGAGAGGUCAACGUUGGUUCGUAGACCAAUUUGUUUGAUAUGCAGCAUGGAGAAGCGAGUAAAGCCUAGGUACAGAGUUUUACAGGUCUUGAAGCUCAAGAGGCUGUUGAAGAAAGAGCUAAGUGUUGUUAAUGUGUUGGAGAUGUCAGAGGCUGAGUUUCUAGAGAAGUUUAUAUCGCCGUACGGGGAUGAUGCUGAAGAGCUGUUGGCCACCUACAAGGGCAAUCUCUUGGAUUCUUCACGGGAAUAAACUGUUGAUCCUUGUCUUCCUGUGAUUAUUGGGCCAAUUGGCAGUUGUGUGCGCUGUGUCAUAUGUAGUCAUCUUUUUCUGACCGUCUUGAGCUCCCUCAGAAGCCAUUUCACCACCUCGAACAGCUCUGACUCUCCAUGUGUUGUUUCAGAAGCUGAGGAGAAGGGAUGAUAUGAUUCUGGAGGUGCAAGACCAGAUUCUCGAAUCUACUCUCAGUUUUCUCAUUCUUCCCAUCUGUAAUAAUGCUGGAUGUUGCAAGCAAGCAAUUGCUGAUCACAGCGCAGGACAAGUUGAUGGUCUUCCCAGAAACAACCAUGCUUGAUUUUAGGGUCCCAUCAUUAUAAUCCGACCCGAUGCCCCUUGGUGCCAAGUUAAUUGUUGGAGCAAAUGGGGUUGUGUGCCCUGCCCAAUUCUCUUUCGGUUUCUACUCCCUAGUUUCUGCGUCCCAUCAUUAUUUUAUUGUUUACCAAUUCUCAUAUUGAAAUGGAGUAGGAGUUAUUUACCAUAAUUACAUAAACUGGGCAGGCUCUUUAGUUUAGGCUUCCCCUCGUAUUGGAUAUGUUUAUAUUAUUAUUAUUAUUAUGUACUCAAUUUUCAUAUUGAAAAGAAGAAUAAAGUUGUAGUCCUCUAAAUAAUACAAAUUCAUGUGCAU